AUGUGUGGGAUCAUAGGAUUGGUAAAAGCCGAAGGAGUGGAAAUCGACGUAGCACUACAUGUCCUCGCAGUUGAUGGUCUCACAGCACUUCAGCACAGGGGUACGGAAGCUUCCGGGUUAGUCGGCUCGAACGGUAAGGAUCGACAACAGCUGGAAAUCAUAAAAGGACAUGGCCUUGUUAGGGAUGUCUUCGUGGAGCAGAAUAUCUGUAAACUAAGAGGCAAUUGUAUCUUUCCAAAUUUCUUGAAUAAAGUAGUUCCAGGAUCCAACGUCAUUAUCGGUCAUAAUCGCUACUCGACAGCAGGAAGGAAGCCAUGCGCGAUUAACUGUAUACAGCCAUUUGUUGUCUACACGGCUGUUGGUGCUAUUGCCAUUGCACACAAUGGUGAACUGGUGGAUGCCAAGAAAAAAAGGGAAGAGGUGCUACAUGAAGGGGUCGGUCUGUCGACCGACACCGACUCUGAGCUAAUAGCUCAAAUGGUAGCGAAGGCCAUAGCGCUUAAUUACAAGAACCGAAACGACGUUGAUUGGGGUGAUAUCUCUAAGGAGCUUGCUGUGACCAUGGCAGCCAUCAAUAUGUCAUAUUCUCUAUUGGUGAUGAGUUAUGAUCGCCUGUAUGCUAUUCGUGACCCUUACGGCAAUCGGCCACUUUGUGUAGGCACUAUCUACGAAACAGAGGAAAUGCGCGGAUCCCCCGUCGCUUACUGCGCGGCUUCAGAAUCUUGUGCGCUGCCGAGCAUGGCGAAUAUUAAUUUUGAGGUUGGUGCUGGUGAAAUAGUGGAAAUCUCUUGCAAGGGAAUACGAUCUGUUUGUCAGAUGAAGCCAAACACAUCACAAGCAAUGUGCAUCUUUGAGUACGUGUAUUUCGCAAGGAAUGACUCAAUUAUCGAAGGUCAACAAGUUCAGUCAGUCAGAGAACAGUGUGGUAGAACACUGGCACUGGAAUCCCAUGUCGAUGCUGAUAUUGUUUCAAAUGUUCCCGAUUCGUCCAUUGCUGCAGCGAUAGGCUACGCAGCACAGUCUGGUGUUCCAUACGAACCGUGCCUUCAUCGUAACAGCUAUGUAGGACGAUCAUUUAUUCAGCCAUGUGACAAGACAAGACAGUCUGCUAUUUACAAAAAAUUUGGCGUGAUUAGACAGAAUGUGAGCGGUCGUCGUAUUGUGCUCAUUGAUGAUUCUAUUGUUCGUGGAAAUACAAUGCGAAUAAUCGUGCAGAUGCUACGAAAAGCCGGAGCCAAAGAGGUGCAUCUUCGCAUCGCUUCACCACCAGUUAAAUUCCCCUGCUUCAUGGGUAUAAAUAUAACCACAACAGAUGAGUUGCUAGCAAGUGGAAAAGAUAUCGAGGAAAUCACUGAAUAUAUUGGAGCUACAUCUAUAACGUAUUUAUCACUAGAAGGUCUGAAAAAGGUUCGUACACUAUAG